AUGUCAUGGACAAGAUGCAGUAUCAAUGGCAACAAAGUGAUGCCUGUCAGAUGCGCACACUCAUCGGUAUUCAUCAGUAAAAAGAAUAGCAUAUAUCUAUUUGGUGGUUGGGAUGGAUCUCGUGUUUUAGAUGAUCUUAUUAGAUUCAAUUUAGAGACAUCUUCAUGGGAUUUCCCAUUACCGAUCACAGGUAAAAUACCAUGGAAAAGAGCAGGUCACAGUGGUACACCACUUCCAAAUUCAAAUAGUUUUCUGAUUUUCGGUGGUUCUGAUGGUGAGCACUACACUUCUGAAGUUUUCAUUUUUGACUGUGAUAGGAUGCAAUGGAAUGAAAUCAAUACAACUGGAACAAUACCACAACCUCGAUCUAGACACUCUGCAUCACUGGUAAACAAUAAGAUUUAUAUAUAUGGUGGAAGCGAUGGUAGUAGAUCAUUCAACUCACUCUACGUAUUGGAUUUAAGCACAAUGCGAUGGUCAAUACCGAAUUGUAAUGGCGAUAUACCACCUGCUACAUGGGGACACUCUUCCAUUCUCUAUGGAAAUAAACUUUACUUUUUCGGUGGAUCCGAUAGUGAUUCAAUGUCAAUGUCAUCAAUGUUGAAUAUUUUAGAUCUAUCUAAUCAUGAAUGGAAAGUAAAUGUAAAGGUUGCUUCAGAUGCUUCUAAUGCGCCGCCACUUGGCAGAGCAGGUCAUUCUUUUACAUUGGUCAAGGAUAAUAUUGUGUUGUUUGGUGGUGCAUCUGAUAACGAUAAGAUUCUCAAUGACACUUUUGUUUUGGACCUGUCAUCGGAUAGUUUGGUGUGGAAGAAGUUCCUUGGAGAGCAUACACCAACCAACAGAUGUGCUCAUACAUCUGAAAUUGUAAAUAAUAAGAUAUAUAUUUUUGGUGGUAGCGAUAGUAAACAGUAUUUCAAAGACAUAGCCAUACUCGAUGUAGACAAAGUAAUGGCCAAGAUUCAACAGCAACCAAAGAAACGUAUAAGAUUAAGACCUUUUAAAACACCAAUAGAUAAUAAUAAUAAUAAUAAUAAUAAUAAUAAUAAUAAUAAUAAUCAAAAUGAUAAUCAAUCGAAUCCACCAAAUAUCAUUGUAACAUUGAAUACAAACACUCAAACAAUUCAACCACAACCAAUUAAAGCACAACCAAACGGUAACCAAGCGAAACCACCUGUAAAUAAUAUUCCACCUCCACAACCACUACCAUCAAGAUUGAAAAAAGCAGCAACACCAACACCUACUGCCAUUGCAAUGAAAGAUUCAACUCAACAAAAACAAAAAGAUUUAAUAGAAUGGCUUAAUAGAUUAAAUCUAAGUAAAUAUGAAAAUCAUUUUUUAAAGAAUGGAAUGACUAUCGAUGUAUUGGACUACCUGACGGAACAACAUUUGGUUGAAGAUCUAAAGAUUCCUACGUUGGGUGCAAGACUAAAGAUAUUGAAUAGUAUACAACUCGAGAAAUCAAAGAAUCAAACAACCAAGAAGGUGAAGGAUGACAAAGAGACAUUGAAAGAAACGAUCGACAGUUUGAAACAGGUUGCCGAUGCACUCGCUGCUUCCGUGCAAACACUGAGCAUGAGAGAAUCACAUUCAAACAAUAUCGGUGGUCAUGUCAGUCCGAGUAUCAUUGGUAUGAACGGUAGAUCAAGAAGAGGCUCCAACGCAUUCGAACAUCCAAUAAAAUAA